CUCCAGUCUAGAUCACUCACUUAACCUGAAUCACUCAUGAUGUAGCACAGAGAUGUCGCAGAGUCCUGAAUAGCGGAAGGAGACCAGUCUGAGAAGGCCAGGUGCUGGACCACACGGAUAAAACCAGACUUAUGAGAACUGGACAGGAUCACACGACUCUUUAGGGAUUUGUGGCUUGAUCUCAGAAACUUCAUAACUACUGUAUGUGCUCAUGAUGUUCUACAUGGUCACUCGGCACAUUGGAUAUCUUCACGAACACCUCCACCCAAGCAGAUUUCUCAAUGAUUCGAGUAGGAUUCUAUCUCACUGUGUGCCCACACCGACCCACCGUUGAACCUCUAGACUGUUACAUGACACCAAACCUCACAUUGAUGUUUUCAGAAUCGGUCAGGAUGUGUCAGGUCUAGUCGUAGAGGUUAAUUGAACAAGAUUUAGAUGAUCUGGACUGUGUUUGUUUACCUGUGUGAGUGACUCUGGAAUACGGCCAUGGGGAACGCAGCGGGGAGUCUGGAGAUGUCCCCGGCACGGGAUGUCAAACGGCCAUUCAGCGCGUAUGGGACAAAACAGGCACAGGCCCCUAAACUCCCCAUCCCACCCGAGGAGGAAUUAGAGGAGAGAUUCAACAUCGUGCUGAAUUCUAUGAAUCUUCCCCCUGAUAAAGUAAAACUGCUCUGUGAAUAUGAUAAUGAGAAAAAAUGGGAGUUAGUUUGUGACCAGGAACGCUUCAAGGUAAAGAAUCCUCCUUCUGCUUACAUCCAGAAACUCAAGGCCGUAUUAGACCAGGGCGGAGGCAGAAAGUUUAAGAGGCGAGUGCAGGAGUCCACGCAGGUCCUGAGAGAGUUAGAGAUCUCGCUGCGCACCAAUCAGAUCGGAUGGGCUCAGGAGUUUCUAAAUGAAGAAAAUAAGGGCUUGGACGUGCUUGUCGAUUACCUCUCUUUUGCUCAACGUGCUGUCACAUAUGACAUGGACGGCCCUGAUAACGGAAGUUUCGAUGAGAAAUCUGUGGAAGAUCUGACCGUGAGUGCAACAAACUCCCCUACCCACAAUUCACCGCGCUCAGGGCGGCCCUUCACCACAAGAAAAGCUCUGCGUUACUCUCGACUGCUCAGCCAGAAGAAUCACCUUCACCUGUGCAUCAUGUGCCUGCGUGCCAUCAUGAAUUACCAGUUGGGGUUUAAUGAGGUGAUGUCUCAUGCCAGCUGUGUCAAUGAACUCACCCUCAGUCUCAACAACAAGAGUGUCAGGACCAAGGCUUUGGUUCUGGAGCUUCUGGCAGCGGUUUGUCUGGUCAGAGGAGGUCACCAAAUGAUUACUGCUGCCUUUAAUCAUUUCAAAGUGGUGUGUGGAGAGAAGAACCGAUUUGAAAAGCUAAUGGAAUAUUUUAGAAACGAAGAGAGCGACAUCGAUUUCAUGGUGGCGUGCAUGCAGUUUAUCAACAUUAUAGUGCACUCUGUAGACAACAUGAACUUUAGGGUGUAUUUACAGCAUGAGUUUACACAACUGGGACUCGACGGUUAUCUGGAGAGCUUAAACGCAACUGAAAGCGAGAGACUGCAGGUACAGAUUCAGGCGUAUCUUGAUAACAUGUUUGAUAUUGGAGCAAUGUUAGAGGACGCAGAUGCCAAAAACACAAUAAUGGAACAUCUGGAAGAGCUACAGGAAGAAAACACACAAUUCAUCUUCAGACUUCAGCAGUGUGAGAAUGAAGCCGAGAAGAAGACGUCUGAACUUGAGAAACAACUCGUACAGAGCGCCAAAGAAGUGGAACUGCUGAAGGAAAGUCUGAAGGAGGCGUGUGCUCAGGUCUCCCAGCUGCAGCAGAGAGAGAAAGAAAGAGAGAGAGACAUUGAGAAAGACAGACAGAACUCUGCCAAAGCUUUGACGGAGCUGGAGAGGAUAGCUCAGGUUCUGGAGGACAGAGGUCUGAUCUGCAUGGAAAGAUCAGACUCCGGCUCUCUGGAUGUUCAAAUCAUAGCUGCCACUAACACUGAUGAUAAGACUUCUACAGAAAACUCAAAGACCUCACCUGUGAAAGAAUCACAGCCUCAGGUUCAAGCUCCGCCCCCAGCCCCUCCACCUCCAGUCUUCAAUGCUCCUCCUCCGCCUCCUCCUCCUCCACCCCCUAUGAGUUUAGCUCCGCCCCCGUCACCUUUACCUGUAAGGGCGGGUACAAUAGUGACAGGUGUUAAAGGCAAGAAGCCGAUCCACACUAAGUAUCGUUUGCCUCUGCUAAACUGGCAGGCUUUAAUGCCAGAACAGGUGGCUGGGACCGUCUUCACAGAACUGGAUGAUGAAAGUGUUCUUGGGGAGCUUAACAUGGAUGUUUUUGAGGAGAUGUUUAAGACCAAAGCUCAAUCUGCUCCUGUUGAUGUCGGAACUCUGAAGAUAAAAGUGACUCACAAAGCAUCAAGUAAAAUCUCCCUACUGGACCCCAACAGGGCCAAAAAUCUGGCCAUCACGCUGCGCAGAGGAGGCAUGAGCGGAGCACAGAUCUGUGAUGCCAUAGAAACGUGUAAUCUUGAUUUGCUAAACUCAGAUUUUCUGGAGCAGUUGGAGCGUUUCAUCCCAUCUGAUUAUGAGCUGAAGAUGAUUCAGAAUUUUGAACGCGAGGGACGGUCCCCGGCGGAGCUGUCGGAGGAAGACAGAUUCAUGGUGGCAUUCGGUAAAAUCCCACGUCUCUCGCAGAGAAUCAGCACAAUGACAUUCAUGGGCAGUUUCAGCGAGAGCAUCCAGCUUCUACAGCCGCAAUUAAACGCAAUUCUCACUGCAUCCAUGUCCAUCAAAUCCUCCAGCAAACUGAAGAAGAUUCUAGAGAUCAUUCUUGCGUUUGGGAAUUACAUGAACAGUGAGAAAAGAGGCUCAGCAUAUGGAUUUCGACUCCAAAGUCUUGACCUGCUUUUGGAGAUGAAAUCCACAGAUCGAAAACAGACGCUUCUGCACUUCAUCGUCAGCAUCAUACAAGAGAAAUAUCCACAGCUGCAGAACUUUCACACUGAGAUACACUUUCUGGACAAAGCGGCACUCGUGUCCCUGGACAGCAUCAUUGCAGACGUGCGCUUGCUUGAGAAGGGAAUGGAGAUGGUACAUAAGGAGUUCCAACAACACAAAGACAGCGUUGUUCUCACAGACUUUCUGUCCAAAAACGGAAGUCUUCUGGACAGCGUGCUCAAAGACAGCAAAACAGCUCAGGAGGUGUAUCACUCAGCUGUGGAGUAUUUUGGGGAGAAUGCCAAAGCCACGCCCCCUUCUGCGUUCUUUCCUAUUUUUGUGAGGUUCAUCAAAGCCUAUAAGCUGGCCGAACAAGAAAACAUGCACCGGAGGAAGCAUUUCUCUGAGAAUGAGGACAGCGCAGACUUCGCCAACUCUGAGCCUCCCAUGAUGAUGUCUGCGACUCAUAAGGUGCCCAUGUUGCCGCGGUUACCGCAGAUGGAUCUGAUCGCGGAGCUGAAACGCAGGCAGGUGUCGCCUCUCGUUCGAGAGGGCAAAGAUGGAGCAAUCGAAGACAUCAUCACAGAUUUGAGGAACCAGCCGUAUAUCCGAGCGGACGGAGGCAGACGAAGCGCCAAAUGGAAAGCAGCUCAGCAACUUCAAGUGUCCUCAGAUAUCUCCCUGUAACACACACACGUCUGAAAGAACUCCAUGAUGAACAGGGAAGCCAAAAAAAACUGUUUACAAGAAAUAUUUAAACUUCCAUAUUUAAUAUGAACUUUAAAUUAAGUUGUAUAAAGAAUCAAUUCAAGAUUCAUUCUAUAUGUAUCCCAUUAAGAAUAUAAAUUUCACCCCAAAAUUACAAAGAACAUAUUUUGAAUGAAUUAAAAUGGAACUUCGAAACCACAAUUAAGCAAAUACAACCAUGUUCAAAUAAUGAUAAAAUUUCUGUCUUGUGUUUCUUUUCAUUUUGGGGUGAAGCAUGACCCGAGAUUGUUUUAUAAACUUCAUAAUUUUCUACCACAUCUUUGCUCCUUACUUUAAAUAGCAGUGGCUUAUCAGUGUAUAUUGUAUUUUUCAUACAAAUCCAUUACUAUAUCUUUCUACAUACAUAUGACAUAAUAAAGAUUUUAUACUGGA